AUGGCCGCUCGAGCCCGUCCCUUCGCCGUCCGUCUCCCCGCCCUCUCCCGACCAACAGCACGACGAAGCUUCCAAACAACCCGAACCCUCCUCGCAGACGGCGUCACCUCUCCCCGAAAACCAAUCGGCGCCUUCAGGGGAACGUAUGUGAAAGCACACAGCGAGAAAGCGGGAGAUGAGGCUGAUAUUGUCUAGGCUAUUCGGUUUCCUCCUAGGAACGGUCGGAGCAGGCGGUGGGCUGUACUACUAUGUUGUGGACCAGUACAAAGUCGCGAACGAAUUGUUGGUUGAGGAUAUCUACGUACGUAUACGCCGAAGAGGUGCUAGAGGCGGGGGAAAGAGACUUCGCGCUGACGUUUGGAAUUCGUGUAGGCGCUACAAUCCGCGGUGCAGAGACUAGAAGGCUAUGUCAAGGGCCUGGAAGAGGAAGUCAAGACGAGGAAGUGA